UCGACGCCACCGAUAGUGUCAGUUGUGAUCAGUAGUUUGAUUCCUGCUGACAAUGUUCAGUCCAAUUUGGUUGAAAUUAUUAGUUGUUUGCUAUGUGUUGGGAACGAUCAACGCCCAGACUAAGCUUCUCGCCUGUAGCUACAAGCAUCCUGGUGCCCGUGAAGCAGGCUACCUGCCAGAAUACAUUCCCUUGGAGGAGUGCAGCCAUGUGAUCUUUAAGGAAUUCCGCUUUCCCAAAGUCGUUGGGCGUCAAAUGCAGUUUCACGACGAUGAUAUGCUAGCGUUUAGUAGCCUGGUUUCCAGCUUGCGUAAUCGAUCUACUGAGGUGUUUGUUGUGGCCUCGGUUCGUGGAACUCAGAAGGACUUUUCGGUCACCGGUGGUGUAAGUGUACGUAGACGCGCGUUUGUGCAGCUCAUAGGAACACUGCUUCUGGAGCUAGAUGCGGAUGGUGUCGAAAUCAACUGGAUUUCUCCCGAAACCACCGAUCGGAGCCCGAUGGUGACGCUUCUUCAAGACCUACGACAGAUAGCGACGUCAGUUAGUCGUAGUGCCAGGGGUCGUAAUCGGGAGCUUUGGUUUCAAGUGUGGAAUCACGUUAGACCGAUAUCGAGCGUAUACAAUGUGCCGGAAGUGUGUGAGCUGACUGAUCGCAUCAUGAUGAACGCCAAAGAGUAUCCCAUAGGCUUCUCACAUGCUCCCAUACACACCAAACCAAUUGAUCUGCCGACAGGAGUCAACAUACCGAGCUUGGAUUACUACAAGAACGACAUUACCGAUUCCACUCAGCAAUGGAUCGAUGAAGGAUGCCCGCCCAAGAAACUUUCUCUCUCAAUCGCACUGUACGGCGUUCAGAAGCAGUAUCAGCACGUAUUUAGCUUUGAAGUUCCAAGUGGUGUUGAUGUGAACACAAAGUAUAUCCCUUACAGUGAGCUUUGCUUGUCCUACCUCACCAAUCAGUGGACAUUCAACUGGGAUUCUUAUGGAUUGAUGCCAUACGCCACCAGAGAACUGGGGAAUGCGCUUUUUGACCGUGUGAGCUACGACAAUGUCCACUCACUUCGCUACAAAAUGGAUCUCGUGCAGGAAAAGCGUUUGGGAGGUAUUCAUCUAGACUAUGUGCAUUACGAUGACAUUUAUGGGCGUUGUGGCCAGGCGUAUCCACUGACGUCGUACCUUGCGAGCAAAUUACGAACCAUUCCCUCAGAUAUUAGCUUUGCCAUUGAAUGGAGCCAGUGAAUUCAACACUUUCCGUAGUGUUUGCAAUAAAUAAAUCUAAUGAAA